AUGAUAGAAUACAGACCCCUAAUAUUUUAUGAUCAUCCUAGAGAAGAUCCAGAGGAUUGGCUCAGAGAAAUGCAAAGAUAUAUAGUAGCUAGUCGAAUAAAUGUUGCACCUGGUGCAGGUCAGGUCACUGGAAGAGAAAAGGCAUUUGGAUUGAUAAUAUCAUAUAACUUAGAUGUAGCUACUUUAACUGCUGUUCGAGCAAUAGGUGCUGGAAAUGGUAGUAAUCAGAUUGGUGAUUUGAAUAUUGCAGGAGCAUUUCAUAACAAAGCUAGAGCAGAAAUUGGUAGAAUUGGAGCAGGUGUUGCAACUGAUGAAGACUGGUCUAUAGUCAAUAGUGAACUUACAGAUAAUGCACCAGUUGCACCAAAUGCUGAUGGAGGUUUCACUACUGUUACAAUUGCUUCUAGUAUUAAGCUUAGGCAACUCCUUUAUCUAUUUAGUACUUCUUAUAUGACAGUUGAAUACUUAAAACAAAUGGCAGUUUUUGGUCAACUCAUGCAAGAAGAUAUGGAUGUUAAAAAGUUCUCUACUCGAAUCAAAAAGGAAAAUAUCACAAAAGCCUUAGCUGAAGUAGAAAAAUUUACACUUUCUCAAAGAAAUGCACUAUCUUCUCUUUCUGCUUUUCCAGCAGCCAAUCCCUACAUAGACACUAACAAAUCAGGAAUGACUAAAACUGAAAUCGUGGAUUUAAUAAAAACCACAAUGGCAUCCUCAGAGUCUCAAAUGGCUCAACAAAAUACUAAUUUGCAGUCUACCAUUAAAUCCUUUCAAGAGACUAUGUCUCGAGCAACUAAAACUCUAGAUAAUAGUAAAAAAUCAUCUAAGAAGAGAGCAAAAGAUACUGCCAUUAAUUACUUUUUAAGUAACUUACUAAGAAAAAAUCUAGGUAAACACUCUGCCAAUAAAUAUGAUUAUGAUUCUAUAGAAGAUAUUUCAGAUAGUUUAGCAGGAUUAACAUUAAAUAGUGUUAUAAAAACUGCUAUUAGACAUGCUAUUAAGAAAUCAUCAGGUUACAAAUGCUCUAUCUAUCCGAAUUCAGAUUCAAAUACUUCUUCUGAUACUUCUUCUAGUGAUAGUUCUGACUCUAAUACAAGUUUAGAGGAUUCCUCCGAUUCUGGAGAAUCUCCAAGUAAUACUUCUCUAAUUACCAAAGUUGUAUCGCUAGAUCUAGAUAAAAAAGAAGAUUUGGAUGAUCUGAUAGAGAUUGAUUUCGUUAAGAAGAAGGAGCCAAAAACAAGUAUCACAACUGUAAAGUAUAAAAUUAAGCACUUAAAGAUUCCAGUCAUGACAGUGAACUCUGAGACUGAACUUUCCAUUAUAACAGAAAAUAUUGUUAUACAUGUAGGAGCUAAAAUUGAUAAAUCUGAAACACAUGAUUUUAGUGGUAUUGCCACUGUUUCAGUUAAAUCUGUUGGAAUUGUUCGCAAAUUACUCAUUACUCUAGCUCAGGCUCUUUUGAAAAAAUACAAUUGUGCAUUGGAUUGGAAAACCAAUAAGCUAAAAAUUCCUCUUAAUGAAAAAGAUUAUAUUAUUCUAGUUACUAUGCAUAAGGUCAAGAACAAGCUUAAGGUAAAUUGUGCAAACAUAACUCUGAAUUGUGAUGAUUUCUUGACUCUAAAUAACAUAUCAUAG